AUGUCGCUGAGGCUUGCCCAGCACACCCAUGGGGCCACCGAUACACUGGCGAAGAGCAGUCGGAUUCCUAUCAUGAAACGCAGGUCAGCGAUGGUGGCUCCCAAGCUGGGGCUUCGUACCCGCAUCGCCCUGGGAGACAUCGGCAACUGCACCUCUGGGCCAAAGACACAGGCUGCUGCCAAAGUGAUGUCUCCAGUCCCCAUGGAGGUAUCUGAAUGUUCCCCAUCAGAUGAUGUGCUAUGUCAGGCUUUUUCUGAUGUCUUGCUUGAUGUGGAAGAUGUAGAUGCGGAAGAUGCUUCUGACCCAAGCCUCUGCAGCAGCUAUGUGAAGGACAUCUACAAGUAUCUGAGACAGCUUGAGCAAAAAAACCCCGUCACACCCCAAUACCUGGAUGGCCAGAAAAUCAAUGGGAACAUGCGUGCCACGCUAAUGGACUGGCUUGUGCAAGUACAGUUAAAAUUCAGACUCCAGCAGGAGACCUUGUACCUGGCAGUUGCUGUCACUGAUCGCUUCCUGCAGGACAAUCCUGUUUCCAAGAAGAUGUUGCAGCUGGUUGGUACUACGGCUAUAUUCAUUGCCAGCAAAUACGAAGAGAUGUUUCCCCCGCAUAUUGGAGACUUUACCUAUAUAACUGAUUACACUUAUACGAAGCUAGAAAUCUGCCAGAUGGAGGUGAAGAUCCUGCAAGCCCUGGACUUUGGUCUGAGCUUUCCUCUCCCUCCGCACUUCCUAAGAAGGAUUUCAAAGGUUUCGGAGAUGGACUUCCAACAGCACUGUCUGGCUAAGUACCUAAUGGAGUUGUCCAUUUUGGACUAUGAUAUGGUUCACCUCCUUCCAUCCAAGAUUGCAGCCGCUGCUUGCUGUUUGGCUCUGCAACUCACUGGAUAUGAGUGGACACCAACUCUGCAAUCCUGCAUGUCUUACACUGAGAGCGACCUUCUACCAGUUAUGCGGCAUAUAGCAAAGAAUGUAAUCCUUGUGAAUAAGGGUGUUAUCAUGCAGAUGGCAAUCAAGGACAAAUAUGCCAGCAGCAGCAAUGGCAAGAUAAGCACCAUUGGACAGCUGAACUCUUCUUGCUUGUGGGAUCUAGCUCAGCCUCUGAUUAAGUAG